GUUGAUGGUGGCUGGUUGAGAAAAGAAGGCUACAGUGGCCAGAUCCUUCAGUUCGUCCUGUUCCACUUACCUGUCGAAGCAGAUCCGACGGAGGUGUGCAAUCUGAGCGGCCUGGGCGGUGAGAAGGCGGAGUUUUCCGCAGUACGCUGGGCACCCCUGGACGAGGCCGUGGCGGGCGUCUGGGAGGCCAAGGCCCCGGCCUACCGCUACCUCCAGGAACGGGCGCAGAGCAUCAUCGAGAGCUUCCUGUCGAAAGACGCCUGA